AUGUUGCGAGCGCCUGUGCUAUUUACUUCAUUUAUUUUCUGUGUUACACUUAAUUGUGUUUUUGCGAGUGAUGACAUAAAAGUGGUGAUUCUGGCUGAUGGCGCUGUGAAAGGGGAUAAGCAUUGGAAUGGAGAAUUCUAUGAGUUUUUCGGUAUACCGUAUGCCACUGCGCCGACUGGCAGAGAUAGGUUUCAGGCGCCUUUACCUCCCGAACCUUGGCAAGGAAUGUUUGAUGCAUCGAAAAAGAAAACCAUAUGUAAACAAUGCUACAUGACUGGAGAUAACGAAGUACUAGUUGAUGGGGAUGAAGAUUGCCUGCUAAUUAACUUGCUAGUUCCCCAAGUGGCCUCGGAAACAAACCUAGUACCGGUUGUAGUAUACAUCCAUAGCGGAGCGUACUCCGGUGGUAGCGGAAAUAUGGCUAACUAUAAUUAUCUAGUUAGACAUGACGUCAUAACAAUAAGUUUCAAUUAUAGAUUGGGAGCAUUAGGAUUCGCAUGUUUAGGCAAUAAGGAAAUACCAGGAAAUGCUGCAUUGAAAGAUCAAGUCGCAGCAUUAAGAUGGAUUAAUAAAAAUAUAAAGAAAUUCGGUGGUGAUCCUGAUAAGGUAACUCUUGCAGGAUUCAGUGUUGGUGCAACUAUGGCUGAGUUACUGUCAUUAUCUAAAGCUACUACUGGUUUGUUUAGCAAGAUUAUCUUGGAUAGUGGUUCAGCAUUAGCUCCAUAUGCUAUAAACAGACAUCCUAUAAAUACGGCUAAAAAUAUAGCUAUAUCUCUCGGUUAUAAUGGAACAAUGUCGUUAGAUGGUUUAACUGAAUUUUACUUAAACGCUUCACUAGAAGGAUUGGCAGAAAAGAGCGUGAAUUAUUAUUUGAAGAACAGUACAUUUGGUUUCGCUCCAUGCAUUGAAAAUGUGCACGAAGGCAUAGAACCUAUAUUGACGGAGUCACCUUUAGAUAUACUAAGAAAAGGUGAUAAUAAUGAUGUUGCGGUAUUAAUCGGUUUCUCUGAUAAGGAGGGUUUGAGUAGAUCUAUUAAAUUCGGUACAUGGCGAGAAGAAAUGAAUGAAGAAUUUUCAGAUUUUCUACCAGCUGACCUUCUAUUUGAUAAUAACAAAGCUAGAGAUGACUUCGUUAAUGACGUUAAAAAGUACUACUUUGAUAGUAAAACAAUCAAAGCAGAAGCAUUACACAAAUAUGUAGACUAUUUCUCUGACUCAAUGUUUAAAUACAGUAUUCUUAAAUCAGCUAAGUUGCAUGCAUCGGCGAGUAAAAAACCUGUCUAUCUUUAUGAGUUUUCCUAUUCAGGCAAGCUAAAUAUUGAACAUAAUUAUAUGGAUAGAAUAAAAGGUGCUAGUCAUAGGGAUCAAACUGCGUACAUUUUGGACUUUCAUGGCUAUACGAAUGGAUAUAAAGAUUUGGAUACUAGAGAGCGUAUGACAACUAUGUGGACCGAUUUCGUUAAAUAUGAAAAUCCAACGGUAUUCGAAAGCUCUCUUAUUAAUAUCAAGUGGCUCCCAUACACAAAUAACAAACGGGACUAUAUGGAGAUCAAUAAGAAAUUGGUGAUGAAAAAAGAUCUCUUUGAAGAACGAUAUAGUUUUUGGAAUAAAGUAUAUGAAAGAUAUUAUUGGACCCCAACUACGCCGAAGUUUGAAGAUAUAAUAGAAUCCCAAACUAAUUCAGAUACAGAAUAUGAUUAUACUCAAAAAAACAGUCAAAUCAAAAAGGAAAAUAGAAUCCUGGAAGAAAAAAAAAUUCUAAAAGUCAAGGAUACUACACCAAAAGGAACUGAAGCUUCGAAUGAAAAUGAUGUUUUGAAAGAAAAGGAAACAAUUAAAGGAAAUACAGCUCCAAAUAAUGAAAAUAUAUCCAAAGAAAAUAAUGCUCCUGCUAAACACUCUCAGAAAGAAAACUACUCUUCUAAAGACAAUAAUACUCCAAAAAAGUAUGAAUCUGUGAAAGACGAUAAUACGAAAAAUACUAAUACUCCGAAAGAAAAAGACAUUCUGAAGGAAAAAGAUCCACUGAAAGAAAACAAUACUCCAACAGCAAAAAAUCCUGUGAAAAUAAAUAAUAGUCCCGAAGGAAUUGGUACUAAAGAAAGUGAAGUUCCGAAACAAAAAAAAACUAUAAAAGCAAACAAAAACAACACCCCGAAAGAAAAGGAUAUUUCAAAUGAAAAGGAUACUAUGAAAUCUACUAUGAAUCUUAAUACAAAAGAAAAUGAAACACCGAAAGAAAACCAUAUUCUAAAUGAAAAUGUAGUUUCAAAAGAAAAUGGCAUUCGAAAAGAUAAGAAUAAUUCAAAACAAAAUGACUCUCCAAGAAAAGACUCUCAGAAAGAAGACUAUAAUUCUAAACACACAACGUCGGCAAAAGAACAAGAAUCCGUGAAAGAAAAGGAUACUGUUAAAGAAAAGGACACUCCGAUCAAAACAGUUAAAGUAUAA